AUACUACAUUCCAGCCUGUAAUAAAUAUAAAAUGAAAACAAGAGAGUUGCAUUGUCAACUCGAGUAGGACAAACAUUAAAUAACGUUUGAUGAUUUGUUGUGGGGGACAAUUGCUGUUGCCAAUUUUAUUUUCAAGACGAUGGCGUCGUAUGACAACCAAAUUUUUCGAGCACAGAUGGACAACGAACGACACCGGCGUCAACUGGAUGCUGCUAAAACAGUGCGACACGUCCAAGACAUCCAGCAGCUGAGUGGCUGUCAGGAUGAUCUCUCCCCUCAGUCUCAGUGGGCAAGCUCCCAUUUGGAACGGGACAGUUCACAGCCCCCCCACAUCAAGGAAGAAGAAGGUGAGGAGGCUGAUGUCAGGACGUUGCCACUAACUGGUGUCUCUGUGAAGAGUGAAGACCAAGAGGAAGAAGAAGAGGAUCCAUAUUCCAUCCAUAUGAAAAAGGAAGACGAAGAUCCAGAGCACUUCCACGUUGAGGGAGAGGAGCUGAUGGAUGUCAGCAAGUUGCCAGUGAUUGUUGUCUCUGUGAAGAGUGACAAUGAUGAAGGCGAACCACCCGAAUGGUCACAGCUUCGUCAUCGCAGUCCAAGUGCAGACCACUGUGGACGACCACCGCCAGCUAACCUCUUAUCUCCGCUGUCAGACAGCGACGACAUUGAAGAACCUUUGAGGGGCGACGCUGACGGCGAAGCGGACGACAAGGAGUCAAAAUGUGCAGAAAAGGAGACAGCUCCCAACAAGAACACUUAUCACAAACGCAGGAGAUGGUAUGCACAUGAAAAACAUUUGAGCUGCUCGAUUUGCGGUAAAAUAUUUUCUCAAAAUAGACCCAUGCUAAGACACAUGAGAACACACACAGUAGAAAAACCCUUUAGUUGCUCAACUUGUGGUAAGGCAUUCUCUCUCAAGGAAUAUAUGACAUCCCAUAUGAAAAAACACACGGGUGAAAUCCCCUUUCGUUGCACAUUUUGCGGUAAAACAUUCUCUCAGCAGAAAACUUUGCAAUCCCACACGAGGACGCACACUGGAGAGAAACCCUUUUGUUGUUCAUUGUGUGGUAAAAGAUUUGCUCUUAAGCUAAACUUAGUCAAACACAUGAGGACACACACGGGCGAAAAAUCCUUUCUUUGCUCAACAUGUGGUAAAACCUUCUCCGAAAGGCAUCGUCUGGUAGCACACUUGAGAACGCACACGGGAGAAAAACCCUUCAGUUGCUCAACCUGCGGUAAGACCUUCUCUCAAAGGCAUCAUAUGGUGUCACACAUGAAAACACACACUGGGGAGAAACCUUUCCGUUGCGCAGUUUGCGGCACGGCAUUCUCUCGGAAAGUCAAUCUGGAUAUACACAUGAGAACACACACGGGGGAAAAACCUUUUCGUUGUUUAACCUGUGGUAAAACUUUCUCUGUCAAAGCAACUAUGGUCAAACACCUGAGAACGCACACAGGAGAAAAACCCUUUAGUUGCUCUGAGUGUGGAAAAAGAUUCACUCAAAAGGUAAACAUGGUAAUACACAUGCGAUCGCACACAGGAGAGCAACCAUUCAGUUGAUCCAUGUAUGGCACGGUCGACGUUCAGAGGACCAGGUUCAUUGCACACGGGCAAAAAUGCAACAGAGGGAAAAAAUGUUCAAUUUUCAUGUAUGAACAACAUCAUCAAUGUCAAGGCCAGUUUCUCUUACUGAUCUUCCAACAGUAGCCGACCACUGAUCAUUACUUUCCCAUUUCCCCCCUGGAAGUACAAUGAUCAAUUCAGGUGCACUGUUUUUCAUUAUUUUCAGCCGAGUUACAACCUUCUGUUACGAGCCGCCGUACGGUAGUCUGUCCCUCAGGGGUCGGUCUUGGGGCCCAUCCAUUUUUGCAUUCUUCAUGCUUCACCUCAGAGACGACCUCAGCAAAUUUGAAGCCAUCUCAUACUACUUGUAUGCAGAUGACCUCCGGAUUUGCGUUUCUAUUUGAGGUGAGAACUGCCUUUUCUGUAGAGAUUCUCAAAAAGUAGUUGAAGCGAAUUCCUUUAGCAGGCAUUAUGGAUAAUAAAAUUAGCAGAGAAGGGGGGGGGGGCAGAAUGUUAACCGAUAGCGCUUCAAGUGUUGGUCGUGUCUUCAUUGAACUGUCUAGUGCAGGGGUGUCAAACGCAAAGCACACUUGAAGUCACAAGCCGAACAGGACAAACAUUUAUUAAAUCAA